AGAGAGAGAGAGAGAGAGAGAGAGAGAGAGAGAGAGAGAGAGAGAGAGAGAGAGAGAGAGGCGCACCUGCUAGCAUACACCUGAUUCUCAGAGUACAGAGGGGCAAGAGAAAGUGGUAGAAGUGCUGAGAAAGAAAGAAAGAAAGAAAGAAAGAAAGAAAGAAAGAAAGAGGUUUUGAAACAAAUAGAAAAGUAUGCCGGCGAACGAUUUGAUCUCAGUUUGCAGUCAGUGAUAUGCAGAGUAUGACUUUGCAUAGCUAAGCCUUCCGAUAAUACACUCUCAGCCCGGGUGCGCAGUGGCUCAGUUAGCAAAGGAAUAAAGGAAUCGUUCAGCGGGGAACUUGUACAAACAGGUACUUCACCUUUCGACCGUUUCCACGCCUGUUUUUAUAGAACACGUCACGCAUCGUCAUGGCAGACUCGUCAUCCUCGCAGAGUUGGUGGAAGCUGACCUUCCUUCGCAAGAAGUCGCAGCCCAACGUUCUCUACGAAAUCCCGGCGGAGUACGGCAGUAACCACGGCAACAAGGACGCCGGCAGCAGCGCCGAAGACAGCCAGUUCAACGCGCGGCUGGAGAAGAUUGUGGACAAGUCCGCUACCAAGGGGCGACACAUGAAGGUGUCGCAUUCCGGACGCUUCAAGGAGAAGAAAAAGGUCCGCGCUACGCUGGCCGAAAACCCCAACCUCUUCCCAGAAAAGACGAACAGCGAAAAUCACAAAGAGGAGAAAUAGAAAAACCCAUCACGCUAACAGACAGAAAGACAGACGACCAUGGCUCACACGUGACCUGGAGAUAGUAAUAAUAAUAAUAAUAAUAAUAAUAAUAAUAAUAAUCAUCGAAACAAACAAGCAACCCCCCCCCCCCAGAAAAAAAAAAAAAAAAAAAUCAGUAUAAUUUGAAAACAGAAAUAAACCCAUCAUCCAUGCCUUCAAAGAUGGCUUGGCGUGUGUUGUCGUGACUCCACGGAGUAACCGUGCACUUGAAGUGUUGGUGACAUGUAGGCCUACGUUUGGCCUGUACCCGUUUAGGUUAUAUAUGUAUUAUAACCGGUUUAAGGUUUCAGUUGAAUUCUGCUAUAUUAUUGGAUUUCUUGUCGUCACGCACACGCACACGCACACGCACACGCACACGCACACAUAACAGCACAUGACUGGACCUGGAGAGGAGACCACGAUGGUUACUAUACAAUUCCACGUUUGUUGGGUUGGAUUAGGUGGUCACAGCUGAAAUACUAGUUCGGGUCUUAUAUUUAUUUAUGUAUUUUUUUUUACUGGAUGCAAUUACGUUAUUAUUAUUUUUUUUUUUUACCAAUUACGUUUCUUUUUACCGAAUGAUCUUCGAUAUUAACGACUUUGCAGAAACGGAAGAUACAAGGUGCUGAAAUCGAUGGGAUGGUAAAGAGCGUAAUAUUCAGUCACAUCAAUGCGAUUGCAAGCGCUGUACGUGAACUAGCAGCAACACACACACAGCGGGCAAAUCCAUUUAAUGGUAGCAUUUAGUAUUUAAUUUGAUUCAUGCAGCAAAAUUAUAUGACAGCAUAACUUUUCUUUGGUUUGUUUUUCAAUUUGAAAAUUAAACAUACAAACAGCAGAAUUCAGGGACCCCACAGUAUUUAUUUUAUAAAAACAAUGAAAUUAAGGUAAAAUGGCGCAUCUCUGACUCUAGAGGAUAACAUCCUACAUGGGUCCUCUACAGACGAACUUUUUGUUAAAAUGAAGAAACGUGGUCUAACAAACAGACUGAUUGUAUGAUAUACUGUACAACUCGUGAGCCCGUUCUCAGCUUGGAUAAGGUCGAUAACAGAUUGCGGUAAACUAAAAAUGCCGUUUUCAAAUGCUUGUUUAUUAGAAUCGGUAGUUGCUGUAAAAAAUAAAAUAAUCGACUCUUUCUUUGUAAUCGGAAGGUGUUUGACUUUUUUUUUUGGAUUGUAAUUCUGUUUCAUGUUUUUCACAACCCUCCUCAUAUGAGAUAAAGACUAGAGAAGAGAGUUUUUUUUUUUUUGUAAUCUGCCCCCCAUAUGAGGUCACAUUGCAUGACAAGGGUGAAGGUUUUAUUAUUUAAAGACAAUCUGGAGUUAUUAACUCGAGGCUGCAGUUCACAAAAUCAUUUUCAACUCUAAUAAGAGAGGAUCGAAAAGCUUUUAAAGCGCGGUUUAAUCUAAAAGAAAGUUAGAAAAAAAAGUAAUUUAAAAAAUAAAUAAAUAAAAAAUGUUGCAGAUACCGGGACCUUGAAUGAAAAUCGAUUCUGCUUUUCUCUGGCGCAGAAACAACAGGCCAAGAAUGGGGUGGACUUGGUCCAUAGGGAUCGCAGAGGGCAAGACUGUGCUUGUAAUAACAAAUUGCACAUAUUUUGUUUUUGUCAGGGCAAGAAAAAAAAAACGUGUUUGUUUUUUCUUAAGAAUAGUUUUGUACAAUUGAUUAUCGUUUUUUGUUUUGUUUGGGUUUCUUUGUCAAUGAAUUGUUGUAUACCAGGAGUACAUUUCUUUUUAAAACUGUUGAAUGUAUUUUAUAAAUAAAAUAAAAUAAAAUUAAUAAAUA